AUGGCAUUGGCAGCGGAUGACGAGUCAUGGAGGGUGCCUAGCUUAGUGCAGGAGCUGGCAGCCACCGUGCAAGAGCCGCCGAGUCGGUACCUGAUCCCCGAGCAGGACAGGCGCCAUGACCAGCUCGCUGGUGUAGAGAUGCCGGUUCCUGUACCGACCAUUGAUCUCCAACGGCUGUUGGCAACCGACGACUCUGCCGAUGAGGAGGCUUCCAAGCUGCGCUCCGCGCUGCUGAGCUGGGGCUUCUUCUUGGUUACCAACCAUGGGAUCGCGACGUCUGUGAUGGACGCUCUGAUGGCUGCAUCGCGCGAGUUCUUCCGCAAGCCGCUCGAAGAGAAGCAGAUGUACAGCAACCUGAUCGAAGGGAAACAAUGGCAGUUAGAAGGGUACGGGAAUGACCCGGUGACAACCCAGGAUCAGAUCCUGGACUGGUGCGACAGGCUCCAUCUCAUGGUUGAGCCGGAGGACGAGAGGAACCUCGAUCGCUGGCCUGGACACCCGGAAACUUUCAGGGGUCUUCUGCACGAGUACACGAUGGGCUGCCGGCGAGUCAAGGAUGGGAUCCUCCGGGCAAUGGCCAGGCUCCUGGAGCUCGACGACGACGACGGCAUCCUCGGCCAGUUCGGCGACAAGGGCUCCACUCAUGCUAGAUUCAGUUACUACCCUGCCUGCCCGAGGCCUGACCUCGUCCUCGGCGUCAGCCCUCACAACGACGUCUGCGUCCUGACGCUGCUCCUCGCCGACGAACAUGUCGGCGGGCUGCAGUUCCACAGGGACGGGACCUGGUACUGCGUCCCGCCCGUCCAUGGCCGGGCCUUGCUGGUGAACGUCGGCGUCUCGCUGGAGAUAAUGUCGAACGGGAUCUUCAAGGGCCCGCUGCACAGGGUGGUGACCAACUCUGAGAAGGAGAGGAUGUCUCUGGCCAUGUUCUAUACUACGGAUUUUGAGAAAGAGAUCGAGCCCAUCGCUCAACUGUUAGAUGACAAGCGGCCAGCACGGUAUAAGAAGAUCAAGUUCAAGGAUUUUGUGGCUGCUCACCAUGAGUACUUCUCCAAAAGGGAGAGAGUCAUUGAGUCACUGAAGAUCUUGAUUUAAGUGAUGUUUCUAUCGCAAAAGAAAAAACAAUAAAGUUGUAAUGUCAUAUCUUUUAGUUUGACUGGCAAUUGCGCGUGUACGUUUGCGAGGGAAGGUCUACUUCAUUGCGUGGUAAUUUAAACGAAUUG